UAUAUAAGAGUAGACGGCGACGGAGAGCAGCAAUCAGUAGUCUUCAGUAGCAAGAUGAGAUUCCUGAUCCUGACGUCCGUCCUAGCGUGCGCGGCCGCAGCGCCAUCUGGCGCGUUAGUCGGCUCGCUGCCAGUCCCCGCUGUGGCCACCAUAGCAGCCGUCAAGACAGUCCCUGUCAACCCUAUCAUCCCUGCCAUACCUAUUGUCAAAACCAUCCCUACUCUAACUGCUAUCCCUGUAGCAGCCCCUACGAUUUCCCCAGGAGACAUCCAAGCGGCCGCUAUCAAUGCAAAAGUUGAGGUAGAAGAUUAUUUACGAGCAGCCGCAGACAAAAACAGGGAAGCGACUGAACAGGCUUUAAAAGAUCAAGCGGAUAAAAUCGUCGAAGCCAGCAAUCUAGCUAGCGAGAAGAAUCAAGACGCGUUUUGGGAGGUCGAAGAUAAAAAAUGGCAAGCAUUGACAGCAUUGCAGACCGCUCAGGCUAAAUUAGACGGCAUUGUCGCUAGCAACGCUGAUCUAUUAGGCAAAGCAGUUAUAGCACCAACUGCAGCUGUGAUCACACAAAAUGCUGCCGUCGCGCCAUUCGUAUACAGCCCCGUGGCGAUCAAAACUGAAGAAAAGAAAGAGGAAAACAAAGAUUACAAAGCUGAGGAUAUCAAAGAAGAUUCCGUUCAAAUAGAAUCAGCGGCGAAUGAAGUACAAACUGUGAAAUCUGGCGAAGCACAGUUCGUGGCUUUGAAGACACCAGCAGCUGUUGCGGAGAAUGAGCAGAAGGUGGUGGCUGAAGCCAAGCUGAAGGAAGGAGCGAUCGUCGCUCCGGUACUAGCUAAUCUAGGGUUCCCGUUGUAUGCUGCACCUAUUGCUGGAGUUCCGGUUAAUCUGAAUGAAGUCGGCUGGCAGACCACCCUACUUCAACCAGGAGUCAAGAUCAUCAGUCCUGGGGUCACACUGACCCAAGAGGGUGUGGUCGAUGCAAAAACAUCAUGGUAACCAAUCCGCCGUCAAGAUAUUGAGGUUAAGAAUCAAUUUUCACAGACCUAUAUCAAGAUAGUACGAUGGAAAUUACUAUAUACAGAUUUGAAGUAAUUUGUAAUGAUCAAUUGAUUGCAUUUGUUGAUAAAUUUCGUACACGACACGUCUACAGGAUCAAAAAAGCUACAGAAAAACUAUGUGCUGAAGGCAGACGUAAUCAAAAUCGGUCUUUAAUAGUACAUUGUGACACAUGACAACACUCAACGGCCCACAUUAAAAAGCCUUGAAGAAUGGAAGCUGAUAAUUGAUUGUUAAACUAAAAUAUUGUAACUGUGAUUAAAACAUAAGUAUGUAAUUUAAAA